AUGAAUCCAUACAACACCAACAAUAACCCUGGCUACAACUAUUCACAGCAUACGCCUGGUCCGCCGCAACCUCAAUGGCAAGCCCCUCCAAGAAGAGGAUGGGGCGAUCCACGACUAUCGCAGCAGCAACCGACAUCCCCCGUCUCUCCUUACGGCCAGAAUCCCAAUUCUUUUGGGCCAGCUCUUCCACCACCUCCACCACCGCCGCCGCCUCCCGGCCAACAGUCCUCGUACGAUACAACUGCAUGGGGCGUUCGAUAUAAUCAGGGAUUAGCACCCCAACCGACGUUUGCUGAAGAGAAGCCGCCUCUGCCACCAAGACCUGAAAGCGCUGCCGGUCGACUCAGCCCGCAGCCAGGCCACGGUCAUGCUCACGGUCAACAUGGCCAUUCUCACACUCACAACCACAGCCUGAGUUAUUCUCAGUCCCCUCAAUCUCAACCGCCGGCCUCUUCUACAGCCCAACCCUACGCAACCUCAUGGGGAGACCCUUAUCAGUCAAGCGCUCCUCCACCACCACCUCCUCCUCCGGCCCCACGACCCAUUGAGUACGCCCAGGGUCCAACUUCGACAGCGACAGCAGCUCCAACGUCCAGUCAGCCUCCCUACAACCGAGUCAAUACUCCCCAUCAAGAAUACUCUCAUCACCCUCCGUCUCAUCACUAUGACCCUCCAGCCCAGCAUCAAUGGGCACCUCAACCACCGCCUCCCGGCCCAACCUAUUAUCCCACUGCUCCAGCUCCCAAUCAGAUACCUGGUGGUACCAGUGGUCCCACCGAUCCACCUCUCGUCUCCCCCAUCGAAGGAAGCAAUAACGUAUACUGGGGUCACCAAGGCCAUGGGCCAAACGACAAGCAAAAUCAAUCACAAGCCUUGGGUUUUGGGGGACCUUCAGACUGGGAACAUUACGAGAGCAAUCCUCCAACCGACACUCCUACCAGUCCUCCCAUUCCUCCAACAAAUGCCACGGCCACCCCUGCCCCCUGGCAUCAUGAACAACCCGUCCCAUCCUCCACUCCUACGCCUGCACCUCUGCCUGCGCCGCCAAUAACUACCACACAGAAUCCAACCCCAUACCCUGCCUUCAACCGUCCUCCAUCUCCUGUCGAAAUUGGUGCUAAUAGCCCGCUCACUCCGCGAAAGGACUCACGAGUACACCCACCGCCAAAUGUCGUCCAGGCUCCUCCGCCUAUCGACGAAAGAGAGCGACCCUCCUCGGCCGGCCCCUCCGGUUCAAUCCGUUCUGACAGUUUUAAUGGAAAUGGUAAUAUCGACAGCGUCAUACAAGCCUGGACCUCUCCUUUGAGACCCACACAUCCUCCAGACCACACUGCUCGUCCUGAAUCUCGUACCUCAGGCCGAGUGGCCUCGCCAGAGCUAUCCCCAACCGUCAAAGUCGUCGAUCCCUAUGCCGAUCUUGAACCCGAGUUCAAGGCGUCUCUGAAGAGAUAUGGUGCGAUGCUGAGGAAGGAAUCGGCUGCCGACACCGAUGAGGCCAAAUUCGACAUUUUCCAGGCUUUUGUAAAUAAGGAGCUUCGGUUGAGGAGCUUGUUGUAUGGCAUUGAAUUGCCAAAGGAUGCCAAGGAUGUCAAGGAGACCAAGCCCAUCACCACCAUACCUCCCACCGAAGUCAAGCAGCCAGAAAUAUCCAAACCAGUUGAGACCAUCAAGCGAGAAAUACCUAUUCAACCACCCCCUCCAGCGACAAUUGAGCCUGCGCCCAAACCAGUAGAAUCGCCCAAGCCAGCCAUUUCUCAGCCAUCUCUUCAAUCGUCACGUUCCCCAGCUCCAGCCGUACUGACAAAGCCUGUACUCGAACCACGACGUCCUUCCAAGGAUGACUCCUUCGUCAUGGUCAAUUCCGGAGGCGAUGAGGAGGGAGAAUACAGCCCUGGUGGUCGUCCGAAGAUGGUUCAGAAACCUACUGUGGCCACUAAUGUUCCACGGACUGCCGACCCCUUUCCUCCUCGUGAUCAGAGCCUUCCUAAACCAGCAGACAGUGGUGCUCUUUCGCCCAGUCUCAAUGCUCCCAUGGUGAUUGAUGACUAUCGCACACCAGGACCUCCAUCUCCCGGGAUCAACGCCCCGAUUCUGGUCCUUCCCGAGAUGGCACCUCCUGCAUCUGGUGCCUCUGGAACUUCCACUCCGGGCCGACCAAGCAAGCCGAUCAAGUUUGAGCCUCCCAGACCCGCCUACACUCCCUUUAGAUAUAGCGCUGCCACUCAAGAAGAAAAGGCCAAGUCUUUACAGCCUGCCGACAAAUCUUAUUCAACUCUACGACAUUCGGUUCUAGAUUCAGGCCGUUUGAUGAAAACAGACAAUCUAGUUCCCCCGACUCGGCCUGCAACGGCAAGUGGUAGGAGAGAGCAUGAAGAAGCCUUCAUUGGACUCAUUCGCCAGCAGAGCAUGGCUGUCAGGCAGAAGAAGCCUGGUCCAGGUGGACUUCCCGCAGGAAUCAGACCUGGCAUGGGUGCGGACGCUGCCCGGCGUCCUACACCUGCAAUUAUGAGAGUGGGGACACCGGCGAAUGCUGCGCCCAAAGACCCUCUCAAACAGUCGGUCACUGCUAUCCGAUCCAUUCUACCCACCGAAGCUGUUCCUGCCACCCCCAUCGAUGGCCCUGGACAUCCAAAAUUGAAGAUUGUUCAAUCCAAAGUUGAUGGCGUCCGCGAUGAAUUCGGGUUCAUUCAUGCAGCUGUGGUCGAAUGGGAUAAGACAAAUCGUGAAGUCCGUAAGGAGCAAGAUGCCGAGCGUCAUGCUCGACAACAAGAAUCGGAAAAUCACAUCGACGGACUUUUCAAUGAUAAUGAAAUAGGCUAUGCUGACAUCGGCGAUCUCGAGGCCGAGUUCAAGCUUGCAGAAGCAGAGAGAAGAUUCCGGGAAAAUCAAGAAGAAUUGGAAUCUUUCACGACUCAAGUUUUCAACCCAGUCACUGAGAGAUUACAGAAAGAAAUCGCUGAGCUGACCACCGCCUACACUCUAGCAAUAGACCUGCUUGACCUGGAAAGCGAACCCGUCAGCCGUUUACUCAAAGGCGGAAAUGAGAAACCACGCAUGUCCGAUGUCAUGGCAUGCGUCCUGGCUCUAUUCAACAAAAUCGAAGUCCGUCAUCAAAAGGUGGCAGAAGCUCAGGUCGAGCGUGAACGACGACGCAAACAUCUUGAGCUGACCGUUCUAUACACCAAUGGUGAUACAGCAGGAGUCAAGUCUCUCGAGAAGGAUUUCGCUGUGGCGGAGAAGUUGCAAGUGUUGCAUGAAGCACGUGGAAAGGACAACCGGGCUAACAAGCUGAUGGACUCUUUCGACCGUGCUACCGUUCGGGGUCUAGGUGAUAAUCAGACAUUUGUUGAUGAACUGCUCCCCAAGCUACAAGAACUCAAGAAAUGCAUCGCCUCGAGUGACCAAUCCGCCACCUCUAACGGUCAAGAUCUCUAUGAGAAUGAAGGUGCUCGAGAUACAUUGACACUCGCACAAGGUGUAGUCACCACAGUCAUUACCGACUCACGACGCUUGUUGGCUCUCUCCAACGAAGCAGAUGUUCUUCUCAACGAAUCUGAUUACGGAGUCUCCGUGGCAGAGGCACGCACAGCAACCGCUGACGCAGCCACUUACGCUAAGCUCGAGUCUGAAAAGGCCAAGGAAGACAUGAAACUCGUUGAAGAAAUGAACACUCGCGUCAAUGGUGUCAACAAAUCUCCCGCUGAUGCUUUGGCGUUGAUUCGCGAGUUGAUAGAUCAAAUCGGGACCGAUCCUGACCAUAAGGAUCGCAUCAAGAAGGCUUUGGAGGCGGCGAAGCAGCGGAAUUCUUGA